UCCCCCGAUAGCAAAUCACCGAAUAUUAAUUCAGCAGCUGGGAAAGAGCGAGAGCGAGCGAGCGCAAUGUAUCAUCCUACUGGCGGGACCUGGUAACAGGAGGGAGGGGGGCCUCGCCAUCACCCCCACCCCUACAGAUCACUAAAUAAAGAAGGGGACGGAUCCGUCGGCAACCGAGAGGAAAAAGGGGGCGGGAAAGUGUGUGGGGUUGAGGGGGGGGAGAGGGAGAGAGAGAGAGAGAGAGAGAAGGGGAGAGAGAGAAAGAGGGAGAGGAUGAGUCCUCGAAAUCCGCCCAGCCAAGGCAGCCUUUCAGUGCUGGAUGCAGCGUCUCCUCUCAAAAUGAUGGUGCGGGCGCUGCUCCUCUUUUCGCUCAUCCAGGGUUCUAGCCAAAAGAGUGAUGACGAUUAUGAAGAUUAUACAACCAACAAAACCUGGGUUUUGACUCCCAAAGUUCAUGAAAGUGAUGUUACCCUUAUUUUAAAUGGCCUGCUGGAGGGAUAUGAUAACAAACUAAGGCCAGAUAUAGGAGUGCAGCCAACGGUAAUUCAUACUGAUAUGUAUAUCAAUAGCAUUGGCCCAGUGAAUGCCAUCAAUAUGGAAUAUACAAUAGACAUUUUUUUUGCUCAAACCUGGUACGACAGACGGCUAAGAUUCAACAGCACCAUUAAAGUGCUGAGGUUGAACAGCAACAUGGUGGGAAAGAUCUGGAUCCCUGACACAUUCUUCCGAAACUCAAAAAAGGCUGAUGCUCAUUGGAUAACAACUCCCAAUCGGAUGCUCCGGAUCUGGAAUGAUGGCAGAGUACUAUAUACACUGAGAUUGACGAUAGAUGCUGAGUGUCAGUUACAGUUGCACAACUUUCCAAUGGAUGAACAUUCUUGUCCACUGGCAUUUUCAAGCUAUGGCUACCCAAAGGAAGAGAUUAUCUACAUGUGGAAGCGCAGCUCAGUAGAAGUAGGAGACACUAGAUCCUGGAGGCUGUAUCAGUUUUCAUUUAUUGGGCUCAGAAAUACAACUGAAGUCGUGCCGACAACUUCAGGAGAUUAUGUGGUCAUGGCAGUCUACUUUGAUCUAAGCAGAAGGAUGGGCUACUUCACCAUUCAGACUUACAUCCCUUGCACACUCAUUGUAGUGCUAUCUUGGGUCUCUUUCUGGAUUAAUAAGGAUGCCGUCCCAGCCAGAACAUCUUUGGGUAUCACAACUGUCCUGACAAUGACCACCCUCAGCACGAUCGCUCGCAAAUCCCUCCCCAAGGUCUCUUAUGUGACAGCAAUGGAUCUUUUUGUAUCAGUUUGCUUUAUUUUUGUUUUUUCUGCCCUGGUGGAGUAUGGGACUCUUCACUAUUUUGUCAGUAACAGAAAGCCAAGCAAGGAUAAAGACAAAAAGAAGAAAAACCCUCUUCUUCGGAUGUUUUCAUUCAAGGCACCUACAAUCGAUAUCCGCCCCAGGUCAGCUACUAUCCAAAUGAACAAUGCCACACACCUCCAAGAACGGGACGAAGAAUAUGGAUAUGAAUGUCUCGAUGGCAAGGACUGCGCAAGUUUCUUCUGCUGCUUUGAGGAUUGCCGAACGGGAGCCUGGCGGCAUGGAAGGAUACACAUCCGCAUUGCCAAAAUGGACUCAUACGCCCGUAUAUUUUUCCCAACUGCAUUCUGUUUGUUUAAUCUGGUCUACUGGGUGUCCUACCUUUACCUUUAAACAAGUAGAAAAGAAAUUGGGUGAGAAGAGCCUUACUCCUGGAAUUUAUUAGAGAGAUGGGUAACCUGUAUAAAUCCAAGCUGACGCCCCGCUCCAAUGGCUGUAGUGCACUUGAGGGGAAUUUUUAACAUACUCGUGGGCUUUCCUGCAAGUAGAAGCAUCCCAUUCUCUUUUGUGCCUGGGAAUACUCUACGCACGCUCCUUUAUGCACACAGAGCAUUCCCUGACAUGUGCAGGAGGUGGAUCAGCCCUGCGUCACUUAGGAAUCCAUUGCACAUCAUGGAACUCUGAACUUCUAAAGUGGUCUGAAUUCUUUAGUGCCAUAGCCCAGUAAAUAUCAUAUCAUAUAUAUUGUCUAAGGCUACCAUGAAAUUGUUGUAGUUUGAAUGCUAUCAGUCAACGUUUUAAGAAAUUCGAUAAGCAAAAAAAGAAACAAGUAUUACAUACGAUACCAAUGAAUCUGAGAGGCACCGUAGGGAGAGGACCCACAGACCAUUAGAUUUUGGGCAUUAUGCAGUGGCAGCAGUUCAAAGGUAAAAAUACCAUUCAGUUUGUGAGCAUUCACUAUAAAUAUGUGAUAUCUUUGUCCUCUGUGGGCUUUUCCUUUUGGAAGAGUCAUCUCUCACUUCAGAUCGAUGUAACUAGUCUAGGGGAAAAUAGCUUUUCUUUACAUCCAAAUAAAAAUAGAACUUUUGGGUGACCUCCCUAAAAGCACAUGUACAAAUGUUGUAAAUAUUUCACUACCUUGUAGUACUUGGGUCUAGUGCAUGGAGAAUUAUUAUUUUUUGGGGGGGAUAAAUGGAGCGAAGAUACCAUAUACAAUAUUGUAUUUUAUUUCAUAUCCCUGGCUUUGCUGUUAUAGCAGAAAAAAACAUGGAUUAAAAUCAUCCUUUUCUUUCCUGGCAGAAAUGCCUUCUCCCUCAUGCAUGGAAGAUUUGAACAGACAGCACUUUCUGUAAGAAGUUAGACAAGCCUUAAGACGUUGAACAGAACAUGAUCCAUAGACAGAGCACAUCAGUAAGACCAAUAUAAAUAAUACCUUAGUCUAUAGAUUAGCUCCAGGUGUUUGCUGCUGUUUUAUUCCUCAUUUCUCCAUAGCAACUGAAACUACAAUUAUUAUGUACUACAAGAUUGGCUGCGGUAUUCUGAAGCAUUUGUUUGCAGUCAACUGAUCAUUCCCUACUCUGAAUGCCGAUCAUUUGCACCUAGAAUAUUUUGCUGAGAUGCAUGAUCCAUCUGAAGAAACCAGAGCCAAAUAUAGCUCUUGCUAUAUUUGCUUUUUCACAAAUGCAGCAAACAUUUGUUUUCCAAGCAGAUGUUGGGACAUUUUCAUUUUUGCCAGUAUAUAGUCCCACUGUUCACCAUGCAUUUGUGUGGGGUCAGUUGUAUUCCUCUACCCCAGUUGGUUGAUGAUGAUAUAGAGUAUAUCCACAGCUAAAACAUGAUUUAGAGGUAAAUGAACAGCAAAAACACAAAAGUGGUGAUGGUGGGAGUGAGAGAGAGGGUGUCUUUAAUAAACCGUAUCUGUGUAGCACAUGUGUAUUCAAAUAACAACCAAACCCACUUGGGUGAAUCUUGAAAUUCAUUUAGCAGUAGCUAAUGGUUUUAAAACACCUGUACAAUGGUCAAUUAUGCAACGUUAAGCACAUGUAAAUAUAACCAACUUUUUUUUAUUGUCACAAACUGAAAACACCAGUUCAUAUCAAAUAGGUUUGCAACUGGGAAUGAGGAAAUAUAUAUAUAUAUAUAUAUAUAUAUAUAUAUAUAUAUAUAUAUAUGAAUGAUAUAUAUGAUAUAUAUAUAUAUAUUAUCACUGCAGAAUUAACAAUAACCAAUACAGAGACCUAAGGACAAUUUUCCAAUGUCUGUAUAGUUUUGGAAAUAAACAUGUAUAGAAAGCUA